AUGAAAGGGAAGAAUGUCCCUUGAAAAUCUUUCAAAACAGGCACUGAGGCCUCUUAUCGCCAGUCUCUGUUUCAGCAUUUGCGAGAAUGUGAGCACCAGCCAAACAAAUGGUCCAUAUUACUGUCAGUUUUGGUCUGAAUUCCUUGCUUAUAUAUGAAAUUACCAGUAAAGGAAGUACAGCCAUCAUUCUUGUAAAUCAUGCAGUCAUCUUAUUUACCAGGGGUCAUAACAACAAUCCAUGUGGGCAAAGUGAUAAACAAAAAGCAUGGAACUUUUUGGCCAUCCCUAAAAUGCCACCCCAUCUUUUCUUUUUUUUUUGCACUGAAACCCAGCCUUCUUUACUGCUGCCACCUUCUCUCUUGAUCACAAAAUGCACCUGACUUUUCCCACAAGAAGCCACUAGAUGUCUCUGCGGCGUAGAGAUGCAAAUUAAAAAUAAUAAAAGCCUGGUGAACAAGAUGGGAUGACCCAAGCAGAUCCGGUUGGGGAAACUUUGUUCAAAGAAGGCAAAAACCAGACGUGGGGCUCUCUGGGGCCCGGGGUUCAGAAAGGCAGUGGGCAAAUCCAGCUGUGGCAAUUCCUCCUGGAGCUGCUUUCGGACCGGGCCAACCUCAACUGCAUUGCCUGGGAGGGCACCAAUGGCGAGUUCAAACUGCUCGAUCCCGACGAGGUGGCCCGCCGUUGGGGCGAGCGCAAGAGCAAACCUAACAUGAACUAUGACAAGUUGAGCAGGGCGCUACGCUACUAUUAUGACAAGAACAUCAUGACCAAGGUUCAUGGCAAGCGCUAUGCCUACAAGUUUGACUUCCAAGGCCUGGCCCAGGUCUGCCAGCCAGCCACACCUGACCACACCUUGUACAAAUUCCAGGCACCCCUUCCCUUCUCUGGCAUCUCCAAACUCAACAUCAUGGCUUCAGGAGUGACCCCAACCAGUUUCUCCUACUGGCCAGGCUCUGCCCCCACCCUGUACCCCAGCCAUGGCUUGCAGGCUUCAGCGCCCUUCAGCACCAUGGCAACAUCCCAUAUCAACAAUAUGAACAGCCAUUACCACUAGACCCCUUGUGGUUGCAUGGGGUGUGGUGGGGAGCUGGGAGAAUAAAGUUUGACCCCUAAAUUUCACCUUAAGACAUUUCCAAUGCAACAAAAGUGAUAUUUAUUAGGUUCCCCCAUCAUGCCAAAACACAAGGUGGUUUGCCUGGUUUUGGUUUCACGUAUUAUAUGAAACCAGCUGUUAUGGUAUGUAAAUAAUGGUUUGCGGCAUAGCACAAUGUGUCAGUCCAGCCACUGCCACUUAUUCAACAAACCACAGUGAAACAGACCAUGGCUUAGGCGGAUGGCUGAGUCUAGCUAUUGUGUAGAGUGGAAAGAGACACUUUAUUGAGAUAGGCUGGAUGAUCCAGAGCCAUUUGGGGGUGCAGUCUUUCCCCAAUGAAUCCAUAUUUUCCAGGGAACAUUUCAGUAAUUUCCCUAUUUUUUCAUUAAAAAAAACCACAAUAUAUUGGAGUGACUCUGGAGCUGUCUUAUACUUGGAACUUUUGGAACUGUGAAAAUUUGUACAGCCCCCCUUCCCUCGCUAAGCCACAUACAUGUAACCACACAUCCUGAUGGAGAGCUAUCAGCACCAGCAAGACCUUUUAUCCUGAGAUAGUGACAGAGAUCCAUUUAGCUUGAGUAUCGCUGGGUGAGAUGGGCACGUUAUUUCUAACCACUCUAGUAUAAUUCACACAAAUCAGACACAAUAUUCACUGUCAAGCUCUGUCAAGCUUUGUCAACUUGGCUUUCAAUUGAAUCAGAACAAGGGCUCUACCAAAUAUUGAUUUGGGGGUCAAAGCCUUACGAAAUACAAAUUAUGUGAAUGUUCAUGCUUUUCUCAAUCCAGCUUGAUUUCUAAAUGGCAGUUGGUUCUUUAGGGCCUGCAGUUUUAGGGAAUGGAAGACCAUGGCUAGACUUACAUGGAUAUAACUAGGAUGAUCUAUCUUCCUGCUCAAGAGACAAACAAAAGCUGCCCUGUAAAAUGGGGUACUUUUACAUGUGGGAUAUAAUGGAAGUUUGUUUAAAGCAGUGUUUCUCAACCUUAGCAACUUUAA